CGCGACCUGCGGUCGAGUUACGUUCUCGUGCGCGACUGGGCGGCCUCGAGGUCUUUUUGUGCUUCCCAUUUUGUCUCGUGGUGCGGCACGUCCACCGUGGUCCGCUGACGUUUCCUGCUGUGCCAUCGCAUGGCCGACGUGUGCAUUCCGAGGCUCGCGUGGUACUGUGGGCUGUGUCACGAGCUGUGUCGCCGUUGAAGCGAGCCAUCCCGCCAUCCGCACCAUCAUCCGCAUCGGCGCACCUAAUCGCACACAUCGUGUAACGAUCUCCCGAAAAAGAGAGACCCGUUGUACACGGUGCCCCCGGCUUCGUCGACGCGCGGGCCACAUUGCCUGCUCGUCACCGUCGUCGUUAUCAUCGUCGUCGUCAUCCUCGUCAACAUCGUCCAUCAAAGGGCGAGCUAGAGUGCGCGUGACAACGAUUAAUCCCCAGCAUCGGGCACCUUGUAACGCCGCGACCACGCGUCCUCACGCACUCCAGCAGCGAUGUCGAACGAGGAGACCUCCGCCGACCGCAAUGUCGAGAUCUGGAAGAUCAAAAAGCUCAUAAAGAGCCUCGAGAUGGCCAGGGGGAAUGGUACAAGUAUGAUUUCAUUAAUCAUACCUCCAAAGGACCAAAUAUCGAGAGUAAGCAAGAUGCUGGCGGAUGAAUUUGGCACAGCGUCGAAUAUUAAGUCACGUGUAAAUAGAUUAUCUGUUUUGGGUGCAAUCACAUCGGUACAGCAUAGGCUAAAGUUAUAUACUAAAGUGCCUCCAAAUGGCCUGGUAAUUUAUUGCGGAACUAUUGUAACGGAAGAAGGAAAAGAAAAGAAAGUUAACAUCGAUUUUGAACCUUUCAAGCCUAUUAAUACUUCUUUAUAUCUUUGUGAUAAUAAGUUUCAUACAGAAGCACUCACGGCGUUACUUGCUGACGAUAACAAAUUUGGUUUUAUUGUCAUGGAUGGUAAUGGAGCAUUGUUUGGCACAUUACAAGGCAACACACGUGAAGUAUUACACAAAUUCACUGUAGACCUUCCCAAGAAACAUGGCAGAGGUGGUCAGUCUGCUCUGCGUUUUGCUCGAUUACGUAUGGAAAAGCGGCAUAAUUAUGUUCGAAAAGUAGCUGAAGUCGCUACUCAAUUAUACAUCACUAACGAUAAACCUAAUAUCGCUGGAUUGAUUCUCGCGGGUAGUGCCGAUUUUAAAACGGAACUUAGUCAAUCUGAUAUGUUUGAUCCGAGAUUACAAGCUAAGGUUAUAAAACUGGUUGAUGUAUCGUAUGGUGGUGAAAAUGGUUUUAACCAAGCUAUUGAAUUAGCAGCCGAAUCUUUGCAAAAUGUGAAAUUUAUCCAAGAGAAAAAGUUGAUUGGUCGUUACUUUGAUGAGAUUUCUCAAGAAACUGGCAAAUACUGUUUUGGUGUAGAAGACACAUUAAGAGCCUUAGAAUUAGGUAGUGUCGAAACUCUAAUCUGUUGGGAGAAUUUAGAUAUUCAACGAUAUGUUUUAAAAAAUCAUACAAAUGCAGAGGAGAAAGUACUGCACCUGACACCAGAACAAGAAAAAGACAAGACUCACUUCACUGAUAAGGAGAGCGGAGUAGAACUGGAACUUGUAGAAUGUCAACCAUUACUUGAAUGGCUUGCAAACAAUUAUAAGAGUUUUGGUGCUACCUUGGAAAUUAUCACCGACAAAUCGCAAGAAGGAUCUCAAUUUGUGAGAGGUUUUGGUGGCAUUGGAGGAAUCCUCCGCUACAAAGUUGAUUUCCAGUCACUACAGGCUGAUGAGCCUCUUGAUGAUGUUGACCUCGAUGAUUACUAAUUUCAUCCGUGAAUUACUCAGAAUCAACCAGCUUGCAUAUUGGGAAAGGUAUCUUGCGGUACAAGGUGGACUUUCAAAGCAUGCAACUGGAUGACAUCGAAAUCGAUAGCUUUGAUUUGGACGAUUACUAGGUCCAUGACUCAACCGAUAUUUAGUUAUUUUAAACAAAUAAAAUCAUUAAAAGGCUUCAAUGAGCAAUAAUUGGAUUUUUAUUUAUUUUGAAAUGACAAUAGUGUUAACUAACAAUAAACAAUAUUUGGAACAUUUCCGCACUUAUUUGUGCUUCUUCAGCCAAAACAUAAAAAUUUAGAUUCUUAAUAUAUCAUGGUAAGAUAAGAAAAGAGCAAGAUCACGAGAGGCUAUUUAUAUAAGAUAAAAAUUGAUCUGUCGCAAAUCUGCAAUCGAUAAUGUAUUUUUUUCUAUUUCUUUUUUAUUCAUGUCAUUUACUUCAAAAACCGUGUUGAUCAAUAAGUCAAGUUUAAAAUCAAGUAUGUACAUGUAAAAUAUGAAAUCACAUCAUAUGUGAUUUAGAGAAAAGUUAUUUGAAUCAUGUGGUCAACUCGUACGAAAAAUCAUAAUUAUGAUGUCAAAAUAUAAAAUCUAUUAGCCGAAUUGCGACAAAAUUAGACAAAGCAAAUAAGAAAUAAACAGUAAAAAAUUAAUAAUAAAUAAAAAAUUCACAAAAUACAUGUUAAAAUUAGAAUAUAGCCUCUUGUAAGAUAGUUUUGUGCGAGCAGUUGGCAAAGUCAGUUAGUUAUUUUAGCUUUGGGAAAAAUUGAAGGGACACGAGUGUAUAUUCUCUUUUACAUAUUGUGUCCUAAGAGAGAACGAUGAAUAGGCAUGUUUCAAAAUUUCUCAUACGAUGCAGUAUGUACGAUAUCAUAAAAUUAUUGUUUAGAAUUUACUGAAUUUAUCAAACAGAUCGUAAAAUCGAUACAUGAAAGAGAGAAGCACCAGCUGAUAUGGCGUGGCUGAUAUAAUUUUACGAAAGAAAAGAUUCGAAGACUGUGACACUUAAUUAAGCCAGCUUAAUACCUGCCUACUCUCAUAACAUUCACCACCUUGUAUUACGAUUUAUGGUCCUUAAUUAUUCAUACAGGGAUUCGUUUAAACAACUAUACUACACGCUCUAUAGUGCCGAAUACAAAUGUUGUAUAAUAUACGAUAAUCCGGUUGUAAUUUUAUAUUAAAUUGAUGUUUAUCAUCUUAUCAUAGAUUUUACGAGGAAUGAGUAUUUCAACUACAAGAACGGCUGUAUAGCAUUAUUUUGUUCAGAUAUAAUUUUGGAAAGAGAGCUGUAAUAAACUGAUUAUUAUGAACAUACAUUGCGUAUAUUCUACACUGAUUUGAAAAAUUCAUAUAACGAUAACGAAGAGUUCUGUAAAUAGAUGUCAAUUUUUAAAAACGGCACAGUUGCCUUAGACAUAAGUUGAGGUCGCGUACACGAUCCACGGAGUAAAUGAAGUAUUUCCGUCUUAUGCAGUGAUACACACUUGUAAACAUAAGGACAGAUAAUUCCUCGCAAUUCUACAUUGCUCCAUUGCAGGCUCUUGGCUCUUAGAUUUUUGUACAUUCACACAAUUGUACAUAAGAAAUGCUUCGCAAAAAUAUAUUGAAAUAACUUUUUCAUUGUUAUAGUGGUGCACCUCAAUAAAAAGAAAGAUAUUCCCUGCAAUAUUUAAAUGGCAGUUAUAUUGGAAAUAUUACGAAAUUUACUUUAACGAUGUUAAUUUAAUUCGCUUAUUCGUAUGAUGCCUUUGUAAUUAAUAACGCUAUGUAUGUAUAAAUGUGGAAAGAAUGUAACGUGCAAUUUUGGUGAAGUAUUCUUUGUGAAAGAAUAUUGUAUAAAGAACAAAGGUUCUUAAAGAGUCUCGAAUAUUCUGAGUCUCCCGACGGAAAAUGUACCGUUUAAUGAUGUAUUUACAUUAUAUUUGCGAUAUCACUCUAAUGUACACCUUGCACAGAGACAAAAGAGGCGCAGAAAAGAGCUUCAUCAAAGUGGAACGUUCGAGAGAGAUAUAAUUUUGCGAUAUGUGCACAACGAAUUUCAGAGUAACGCGAUGAUUCGAAUUUGUAUCUGUGUAUUGUCUCUCAAGACACCCAGAUGUUAAUUACCGGCUUAACGUUUCUUCAAAUUUUUAUAUGUAAACAUCUCACUAGGAGUCUAGAUAGUUAUUUAUUUCUAUACAUUGGUGCGACUUCGUUUCUGCUUCAGCAGAAUAUUUGAUUUAAGUAUGCAAGAUAGCAAAUUAAGAACUCGAUAAAUAUUAAUUAUUGAAAGUGAGAGAAAAAAAAAGAAUGAAGAAAGAAUGAGAGCAAGAAACAGAGAAUAGGAAAAGCUUUGUAAUCUUUGUCUAAAUGUAAAAGUACACGGAAAUGUCGUCCACGCGAGUUGCUUUAAUAAUUGAAUCGAUGACGUACUUAGAUUAUGGCUUGCCUUUCUACUCUCUGCAAGCACAAUUGUAUAAUCUACUAACAACAUAUUCGUCAUUGAUUAUUUUGUUCCCGCAUAUUUUGUCAGUGAAAUAUGUCUUUUAAUCGAAACUAGUUUUCUUAAUACUUUAUUAGAUUUUUCAUCUGACAGCGAGAACAUAAUUGUAAAAGUUUUUUAAUCAAUCCAAUUCUCUCUACAUCAUGGAUAUAAUUUUAUUAUAAUGUUUCACGU